GGCUGGGGAAAGCGCGGCGAGGGCGGCUCGAGCAAGUUUUAUAUAAGAGAAGUAUGAUUUUGAAACAUCGCCACUAGUUUUGAUUAAUGCGGCCGGGACGGAUUCGCCAUUGUGUCGUUAGUUUUCGCUCGUUUUCUUGAAUUUUUUUUUUACACAUAAACACACAUAAAUAUUACACAUAAAUAAGCUGCAUUGAUUUCGUUAUCGUUGUCAAUCGACGUUUCGAUUCUCUUCCUAUCAUAGAACAGCUGAUCUUCGCGAUCUAAUCGGAAAUCUUAUUCAACGAUAAGAAGUACAUAUGUCUUUGAAUUUGAGCACCAAAUCAUUGGACGAUGGUCUCAUCACCGAGAAACAAGGGUUGUCCGCUAUUCAUAUUUUUGCGGCUAUCGUACUUGGUAUCAUCGGCUUUUUCGGAUUCAGCCUGAAUUUACUGGUCAUUUUGACUGUUAUCAAAGACGCCCAAGUGCUAUGGACACCUAACAAUGUGAUCCUCAUUAAUAUGGUUGUUGGAGAUUUUUUAGUAGCUGUGCUGGGGAAUCCUAUCACAAUGAUAUCAUCGAUCGCUGGUACAUGGUAUUGGAAUCAUAAUGUGUGUCUGUGGUACGCGUGGUUUAUGACUACCAUGGGAUUCGCCAGUAUCGGUAAUUUAACGGUAAUGGCAAUAGAAAGAUUCCUGCUAGUGAGAUGUCCAAUGAAAGUAUUAUCAAUAAGACAUGCUUAUGUAUUAGCGUUUAUGGUUUGGAUAUAUGCGUUUUCCUUGUCAUUCCCGCCAUUUUUUAAUUGGGGCAGCUACGGUCUGGAGGCCGGCAACAUAUCUUGCAGCGUGUCUUGGGAAUUACACGAUCCCGAGACGCAUAAUGAUUCUUACAUCGGAUUUUUAUUUAUUUUUGGAUUUUUUCUUCCUGUCACAAUAAUUAUCAGCAGUUACUAUGGCAUUAUAAGGAAUUUGAAGAAAAUAAAACAGAGAAUUGGUCAAAAUAACAAACGAGAAAGAAGAGUUACGAUGAUGGUAUAUCUAAUGGUCCUUGCUUUCCUAAUCGCUUGGUUGCCCUAUGCCAUUCUUGCUCUCGCAGUUCAAUAUUUCUAUGUGCAAACCUCCCACAUCGUAACGGUGCUACCUGCGCUUCUAGCGAAAUCCUCCAUCUGUUACAAUCCUAUCAUAUACGCAUGUUUGAAUGUUCAGUUUUAUGAAACCUGGAAAAAAAUGUUUUCCACCAAUACGAAUUCGAGAAUAGUCAAUACAAAAAUCACAACGAAAAUAGAAAUGAAGAGUCUCAAUCAUUCAAAUCAAACAGAAAAAUAAAAUUUUUCUUGUGCUUUAUCCUCAGAAAUGGUGCAUAAAGGGAAAAUGACGUAUGGAGGAAGAUGCUAUCAGAGGACAAUGAAUAGAUAGUGUAAAAUAUUAUUUUCGUCGUUUAUUUGUUAAUUGUUAAAAAAAGCAGUCUGAAUCUUCUGUGUAAAACGGAGAUUUAUUUCAUACAUAUCUUUCU